AUGCACAACCUCACUACGCUGAUCAAGCGACUCGAGGCAGCGACAUCCCGUCUUGAGGACAUUGCUACCUCGUCGGCUUCAUUCGACCAACCUCGCAACACAGUCGCCGAUGUUGGAGCCACCCAUCUUCCCGCCUCAUCCAGCGCCCCCGAACUGCCUGGAAUCGCCAAAGAUGGUGCCAAUGCUCCGACUGCAGCCUCGCCCGCUCCUCAGCAACCGAGUCUCCCUAAGCCCAUCCAGGACAUGGACAGCCUGAUCAACGAACAUGUCGCCAAGUUCCUUGACUCUGCAUCAGGUCUGGAUAAGAACAUUGAGACACAGGCACACGCUGUUUCACGCGCAUUUGCUGCUCAGCGCCACUAUCUCGUCGUCGCCAACAAGGCCAAGAAGCCCGACAUGACCUCGCCAGCUUUCUCCGAACUCAUCAAGGACCUUCAGCAAGAGAUGGGCACCGUUACCGAGAUCAAGGACUCGAACCGUGCCUCGCCCUUCAAGGACCACCUGAACAUGGUCGCCGAGGGUAUGGGUGGUCUGCAGUGGGUCGUCUUUGAGGGAAAGCCCGCCGACUACGUUGCCGAGAUUCUCGGAGGUGUGCAAUUGUUCGGAAACAGGGUGCUCAAGGAAUACAAGGAGAAGGACCCCAAGCACGUCGCCUACGUUCAAUCAUACUACUCCAUCUGGAAGAACCUCCAAUCCUACAUCCGCACCCACUACUCGCCCGGUGUCACAUGGAACCCUCAAGGCAUGGACCUCGCAAAGGCCCUCAAGGAAGCUUCCGCCGAUUCUGCUCCCACUUCCGCUCCUUCACAAUCCGCUCCGGCCCCAGGUGGUGCAGGCGGCCCCCCACCACCUCCUCCGCCGCCACCACUUCCUACUUUCGACAACGCUGCUCCCCCACCUCCACCAGGUCCGGCUCCUGCCGCCAAGGCUGGUGGUGGUGACAUGGGUGCUGUUUUCGAUCAGUUGAACAGAGGCGAGUCUGUUACGUCUGGUCUGAGAAAGGUCGACAAGAGCGAGAUGACACACAAGAACCCUUCGCUACGCGCUGGCUCCACCGUCACUGACCGAAAAGGAAGCCAAGACAGCAUCACCCGCAGCCGUAGCAGAGGCCCCGAGCUCAAGCCCAAGCCCGACAGCAUCCGCGGAAAGGGUAUCUCACAACCCGCACCAAAGAAGGACCCCAAGAAGGAGCUCGACGGCAACAAGUGGAUCAUCGAGAACUUUGAAGAUGCCGAGGGUCUCGUCGAAGUCGAGGUCACCGUCACCCAGUCUGUUCUCAUCACAAAGUGCAAGAACACGAGCAUUCGCCUGAUCGGCAAGGCCAACGCCAUCAGCAUCGACAACAGUCCACGCACCAACCUCGUCGUCGACGACCUCAUCUCCUCCGUCGAUGUCAUCAAGUGUCCCAACUUCGGCCUCCAGGUCUUGGGUAGCCUUCCCACUGUCAUGCUCGACCAAGUCGAUGGUGCCGCCAUCUAUCUUUCCAAGGACAGCUUGAACACCGAGAUUUACACCUCCAAGUGCACGAGCAUCAACGUCAACCUGCCUCCCAAGACCGAGCAAGAGGACUACAAGGAGUGCCCUCUUCCCGAGCAGUUCCGCAGUUACUUCAAGGAUGGCAAGCUCGUCAGCGAGAUUGUCGAGCAUGCUGGCUAAAGUCGCAGCCCUUUUCAAAUUUAAGGCGGAAAAUUCAGGAUCUUAUUUGUAGGAUAGAUAGAACUACUGCUGUUGUUGGCAGGCCCUUUUUU